CGCAGCCGCAGUGCGCAUGCGUGUGGACCGCAGCUCACUGGGGAGCAGCCUGCGGAGGAAGCGUCCAGCCAAACAACGGGUCGCCUGAGAGCCGACGAGCCGCGCUACACAGGAGGAUGGCGGUGAAUGUCUACUCCACCUCUAUGACCAUAGAGAACCUGAGUCGUCAUGACAUGCUGGCGUGGGUCAACGACUCUCUGCAGCUCACCUACACAAAGAUCGAGCAGCUGGGCACAGGGGCGGCGUACUGCCAGUUCAUGGACAUGCUGUUCCCCGGCUGCAUCCUCAUGAAGAAGGUCAAGUUCAACGCCAAACUGGAGCACGAAUACAUCCACAACUUCAAGGUGCUGCAGGCCUCGUUCAAGAGGAUGAACGUGGACAAGAUUAUCCCCGUGGAGCGGCUGGUGAAGGGGAAGUUCCAGGACAACUUCGAGUUCCUUCAGUGGUUUAAAAAGUUCUUCGACGCCAACUACGACGGGAAAGAGUACGACCCGCUGCAGUUGCGACAAGGUCUGGAGGGGACGCCGCCGCCGCCCAGCCAAGGCCCCAUGAGGACGUCCCCCACCGCCCCCAAGAGCGUCCCGCCACCCCAGAGGCAGAUCAACGCCCCGCCACGCAGGAGCGCCCCCGUGAGCAGGAACGGAGUCGACGCUGAGCUCAUCGAGCUCAACCAGCAGCUGCUGGACAUGAAGAUGACGGUGGACGGUCUGGAGAAGGAGCGGGACUUCUACUUUGGAAAACUGAGAGACAUCGAACUCAUCUGCCAGGAGAGUGAGGAUGAGAACCAUCCCAUCAUCAGCAAGAUCGUGGACAUUCUCUACGCCACAGAGGAGGGGUUCGCGCCGCCAGAAGACGAGGACUUGGACGAGGGCGCCCAGGGAGACCACGAGGAGCUAUAAGCACCUCACCAGCUCACGCCCUUUAACCCCUCUGUUCAUGAUUUACAUAUUAAUCCCGCCUCCAUUUUGACGUUCAUUUCUCCCCACCCCGCCCCACUGGCUGUCCAUCACCGCCACCGUACGGCCGAGCUCCGAUCACUUUGUCCAGCCCGCCUGGACCAGCGCCCAGCAGCUAUUCGACCUGGAGACCAGUAGAGGGCAGCUGUCAGAGGUCAAAGAGAUUAUGAGGACGCAGCACUGAGCGCCGGCAGCCGAGAAAGUGCUGACGGUCUGUGUGAGGUGACGCGCGCACCAGACUGAUGUUUCGUGUUUUAUACUUCGACCUCACGCCGAUGAUGAAGACACAUGAAAGUAGAUUUGACCGCAGACAUAUCUCCUCCGUCACGCAGCACUCUGUCGUCCACCAGAGUAGGGCGCUUCAGGUCGCCAGCUCACCACCUAUAUUUAUGUUUUAUUUAUUGUUUGCUCCUUCUAAAACAGUGGCCAUCCAAGAGCUCGCACUUAAUGUAGCGGACAAACCGCCAACAAACAUCCGACAACAAUUUUAUACUUGUUCUUAAGACUCGGACACCUGAGGAGCCGCAGGUUUUCACUCCUCCUAACAAACACUAAACUGUUUGACUGUGUUGUUAGAGUUAAACAUUUAGCUGCUACUUCUGUUGCCGUAUUUAAGUUCCACGCGUCGCAGAGCAUGAGGAGUUUGUUGACUGACAAACAGUCGGACCGUCUGAGGGCAUAUAUUGUAUUGCACCGUUUGUUGCCAUGGUAUCCAUGUGAUAAACCUGCAUCAUUUGGAGUUACUGAUCCAGUGAAAUAAAGACUGAGGUUCUAGAAGUGCAGGCUGGGU